GGCUUUUCUGCUUUAAAGAAGGAAGUUGUAGGAAUCGCGUUUUAGGGCUGCAAGAUGACCGAAGAGGCUCCUGCUGCGCUCGCCGCGGAUCUCCAGCCCGCAAAGGCGCCGGCGAAGAAGGCCAAGAAGGCGGCGGUGAAGGCGCGCAAGCCGUCGGGCCCCAGCGUGACGGAGCUGCUGACCCAGGCCGUGUCGGCUUCCAAGGAGCGCAGCGGGGUCUCCCUGGCGGCGCUCAAGAAGUCUCUGGCGGCCGCCGGCUACGACGUGGAGAAGAACAACAGCCGCAUCAAGCUGGGCCUGAAGAGCUUGGUGACCAAAGGCACGCUGGUGCAGACCAAGGGCACGGGCGCCUCGGGCUCCUUCAAGCUCAACAAGAAGCAGGUGGAGGAGAAGAAGGGGGCGGCCAAGAAGAAGCAGAGCCCCGCCGGGGCGGCCAGGAGCAAGAAGCCCGCCGCCAAGAAGCCGGCCAGCGCUGCCAAGAAAGUCAAGAAGGCGGUGGGUGCCAAGAAGAGCGUCAAGAAAGUGACUAAGAAGCCCGCGGCUUCAGGAGCCAAGAAGGCGGUAGCCAAGAGUCCCAAAAAGGUGGCCAAACCCAAGAAAGUGACCAAGAGCCCCGCGAAAGCUCGCACGGCGAAGCCCAAAGCCAAGCCCAAGACUCCCAAAGCGAAGGUAGCUAAGCCCAAGAAGGCGGCGCCUAAGAAGAAGUAAGACCCCCCCAGUUCUCAGGCCAAGGAGCGCGCUCCAAACCCCCCAAAGGCUCUUUUAAGAGCCAC